AUGAAAUCUCUUGGCCGUACAUACCUCGUACAACAUACAAUCGAUACGGGAGAUUCGAAUCCUCAAGCCCAUAUAGCAGCCUUCACGCCGCGUUCCGAUCCGUUACCGCGGCGAAGUCGGUAAAUUACUCGACGAAAUGUUACAAGAUAAAAUCAUACAGCCCUCAUCCCAAAAAGGACGACUCCUUCCGUCUAUGCAUUAAUCAUCGCCGCCAUAACGCUGUCACAGUCCUGGACUCCUUCCCUCUUUCCCGGCUAGACGGUACUCUCGAUGUACACCGCAAUACGGCCUGGUUUUCAACGCCAGAUCUCAAAUCUGAACACUGGCAGGCUGAUAUGCAUCCCAAUGACCGACAUAAAACUGCCUUUACGGUUCCUCAAGGGUUAUUUGAGUCUCAACCCUACCUUUUUGGCUCUAUAACGCCGCCGCGACCUUCCAACGCCUCAAGUAUCUCAUCCUGUGACACCUCAUCCCGUAUAAAUGCCCUGUUUACCUGA